AUGACAGUAACUACACAAAGUGACACAAUAUCAAUAUACCAAGACUACACAAUGACAGUAACUACACACAGUGACACAAUAUCAAUAUACCAAGACUACACAGUGACAGGAACUACACACAGUGACACAAUAUCAAUAUACCAAGACUACACAGUGACAGGAACUACACACUGUGACACAAUAUCAAUAUACCAAGACCACACAGUGACAGGAACUACACACAGUGACACAAUAUCAAUAUACCAAGACCACACAGUGACAGGAACUACACACAGUGACACAAUAUCAAUAUACCAAGACUACACAGUGACAGGAACUACACACAGUGACACAAUAUCAAUAUACCAAGACCAGGAGCUACACACCGUGACACAAUAUCAAUAUACGAAGACCACACAAUGA